AUGACUUCUAAGGGCAGACCAGGUCUAAAGAAAAUACCAGCAUAUUGGUAUCCGUAUAGAACGAAUGCCAAGGCCCGUUGGUUUGACAGGGAGAUCUUGGAAGUCAUCUCUACUGAGUUUCGAGACAGGAGUGUUGAAUACUAUCGUUAUGCCUUGCAAUCUGGUGUAACUACGAUCAAUGGCGAAAUUGCACGCCCUGGUACCCUUGUUCGCAAUGGGGACACGCUUGAAAAUAUUGUGCAUAGACACGAACCACCCGUAACGUCCACACCAGUCGAGAUUCUUCACCAUGACAUUGAGCGGGAAUUCAUUGUCAUAAACAAGCCCGGCAGCAUUCCCGUUCAUGCCGCAGGUCGGUACUUCAAGAACUCUCUCGUGGAAAUUCUCAAAGAUGACUUCGGGUUCUCAAAUGUCUAUACGGUAAAUCGUCUUGAUCGAUUGACGUCGGGACUGAUGAUCAUCGCAUUGUCAUCGGAACGUGCCCGUUCACUCACAUCGGAGUUCACCUCCGGGACAAUCCAGAAGGAAUACGUCGCGCGAGUUCGCGGAGAGUUUCCCGCAGAGGAGAUUACUUGCGAAGAGCCGCUUUUGACGGUCGACCGGCAGAUGGGUCUGAACAUCGUGCAUCCGGAGGGAAAGGAGGCGAAGACAAUGUUUAAACGCAUGCAUUACGACAAGAUCACCGAUACUAGUGUAGUUCAUUGUCGUCCGAUUACUGGACGAUCACACCAGAUUCGUGUACACCUGCAAUUCUUAGGACAUCCCAUUGCAAACGACGCUGUUUACGGGGAUGCAAGGGUUUGGGGCGAAAACGUCGCCAAAGGAGGCAUCGAUAUCACUCCUAGCGAAGAGCGCCGAGCACCCCAACCUCCACCUGGUCUGGAGGAUUCGACUGCAGAAGGGCUAGGGCGCAGGCCAGAUAGCGAAUUUGUUCCUCUGACAGAUCACGAAUCGAUCAGUACGGGAGCUGGAUCCAGACCUGCACAUGAGGAGCAGAAAAAAUCUGAACCAUCAUCGUCAGGACCAAACCAUAUCCCCGGCUCUCUGAAACGUACGAAAAAAAGGAAUGAUAGGCGAUUCAACCCUGCGUGGCGCACGAAAGAAGAGUCUGCUGCAUUGACCGCAAAGCACACUGGAGAAGCACCGGCACCAGGUGAACUACCCCGAGAAACUGGGCACGAUAUCGGGCUCGGCUCUCCCGUACCUUUGUCAAAAGAGGCUGUUGAAAUAAUAACUCGACUGAGGAACCAGAAGGAUGAAGAUGAAGAUUGGGGCCGGUGGCGGGAUGUUGUUUUCCGUGCGAAAGGUGCCCUAACGCCACAAGUUGUGCAACUCGCUUACGCACAACAGAAUACUCCGCCGAGAAAAUCUAGAAAGAAAUUGGAAAGGCAGUCGACGAAGAAGGAACCUAAGAGCAGACGUGAUGAAGAGAUCAAUGCUACUGAAUCAGCAUCUGCUCCUUCACCUACCACGAUCACUCAACUAAUUCCUACUCAAGACCAGACAGACCCAGUCCCCGAGUCAUCUGAGACGAUCGAAUUGUCCAUUUCCACGCCGAUUCAAGCACCUACGAAUCUAGCCGGGCCUGAGAAUUCAUCUGACGCGCUCUAUUGUCCGGAAUGCUACCUACCUCUAUGUCCGGACCCGAAACCGGAGAAACUAUACAUCUUCUUACACGCACUGCGUUACACAAGUGCCAGUCUUGGUUCAUUUGAGACCCGUCUUCCUGAAUGGGCUGCAGAGGGUUAUGUCUGGGAGUGA